CGGAUACCAGCCCCCCAUUUCGAUUAUGACUCGACUUGACUAGCUAGGACUUUGUUCUCUUUGCCCAAUCUAGUACGAUUCUGGGGAUGGUAUGGUAUGUCAUGUGAGUUUGAGACAGGCGUCGCCUUAGGCUUCCAUCGCUCGUUGAGACUGCCAAGGUGUCCCCUUUCGGAUUCGGUGGUAACUGGGAGAAUCAUAAGCUCCCGUCCACUUAGCUAUGGAUUUACGUGUUGUCAAGUGAGGGUGUUCCUGGAUCUGGUAUGUUCACCAUAUUCGGUCUUAGCACGCAUCACAGAGCGUUCCGGCCUCUUCGUUGUACGAAGGCCAUGAACCUUGAAUACUAAUCAUACGGUGCAUAGUCUAUACCCUGAGCAUCGUUGAGUGCCCGGUGGUCUUAUUAGCCAGUUCCAAGGCACGAGUGGCUUCCUACAUCGAGCAAGCGAGAAAG